AUGGCAGAGCUUCCCCUGCAACUGCAGUACAACUGUGUGCGCCAGCCGCUCGACAGUAACAUGGAAUGCUGUUCUCUGCUGCUCUGCACCCUGGUGUCUCAGACCAGGCGGCUGGCAAGGUGCCUGUCUCGCCACAGCAAAGGGGCACAAGGCAGGCUGCCAGCAAGAACUCGAUUCAUGCACGGCGGCACAUCCUGGCCAUGGAUGAGAGGACAUGGCGCUUGGUACAUGUCUGUGGUGGCAGUUGCAGCCAGCAUGAAUGCGGAAUUGCCUGAUCUGAAUUGUCGCCAAACUGUGGACGGUCUCUCCUUGAUGGCGAUCCAGUGA